GGGGGAGAGAGGCGCGAGAUGUACGGACGUCAGGAUAAAUCGGGCGACGGCGGAGCGGGCCAGGUGCCGCCGUGGCUCGUGCGCGCCGAAGUCACGAUUCGCCACGGCGACGCGGUGACCUCCGAGACCGUGCAAAUGCCCCCGGGCACCACCGCCACCACCGACGCGGGCGGCAUCCGCAUGAUAUGCCGCUGGAACACGGGCGAGCCCGACUCGACGGCGACGCCGCCGACGUCGGGCGGCACCGCCGGCGGCUUCGGCUUUCAACGGGGCAACAUACUCUUCACGUCCACGCCGCCCGAGAGGUCGUACACUCUGCCGCGCUCGGGCUCGUCCGGCAACGACGACUCCGUCUCGUCCAGGGGCCGCGCGAACGUUUCCGAUUCCGGCUACAACAGCGAGCGGGUCUCGUCGCAGACGUAUUCGACCUUGCCGGCGCGACGCCCGUCCCAGCAGUACAAUCGCCGAUGUAGGAGCACGUGCAGCAUCGUGCUCUCCACCGCGGGCGCCGACAAGUCCACCCCCGCCGAGUCCUCGAAGGCGACCGCCCCGUUCGUCGAUCAGUGGCACCGUCGACCCUCGCACCAGCACGUCUUCUCGCCUCAUCAGUUCAGCGCGGUCCCGGAGGUCUGCGAGGAUUGCGCGGAGGGCAGCGCGUCGAGCGCCUUCACCACGCACUUUUGUACUCGCGUCGCGGAGAAGAGUGCGAGCAGCGGCGGCGGCGGCAGGGCCACCGCGGCGAGCAAGGACGCGGCGUCGCAAACCACCGACAUCGAAUCGGUGCGCUCGUCGUCGACUGUGAGGAGCAGCGGAAUUAGGACGAGAUCUGACACCGGUGCUCACCAGCGUGGCGAGCGGAAACAGGAGGAGGAAAUCCGAUCGCCCCCGGCGUCAGUUGGGAACACCAGCACCGGCCCUCCGGCCGAUCCAGAGAGAUCGGACUCGUCCGCGAGGGAGGACAGCAGCAAGCGCAAGUCGCGGACGGUGCACAUCGACGUGUACUGCACGGGCUCCGACGACGACGUCAGCACGGACGACACGAUCAGCGAGGACGAGCGCAGCACGCCCAUGACCGUCUACGAGAACGAGAACGUCAGGGUCACUCACACUCAAGCGGCGGACGACCUGCCGCGGGGAUUUCAAGACGCGAACGCAUUUCUGAAGCGCAGCGCCGAACGGCGGUGCGCGAGCUUCAGAAACGCGCCGAUGAGGAUGCCCUCGUUGGCCAGCUCGAAGGGAUACGACAGCGACGAGGUCCUCAGCUCCCUUUACCCUUCGCGAUUCAGCUCGUACAGCGGCAUACGGGACCUCGAUUCCGUCCCGUGGUCCACGGUGUCGUCCAGCACGGCCCUUUCGCCGUGCGAUUACGACUCGACGACCAUGACGUCGUCGAAGGACACGUUCUCCGAUAUCGAGUCCCUCGUCAACAGUAAGUCCGGCUUGACGCCCUGCGACAGCUUCGAGUACGCCAAUGUCACGGAUCGCGAUAGAAUACGGAGAAUGGACGUCUUGGCGAAAGCCAGCUACGAGAGAAGCAGAACCUGGCGAUCGCCGCAAAUCGAACGGAAGCAUCUGCUGCAGAACAGGAAGAUGAGGGAAUACUUCAAACAGCACAAGAUCGAUUGGUCGUCCGGGGAGAGCGCCGAGGAUUCCGACGAGAGCGGAGCGGUCGGCUGGAGCUUCGUAUCCGGCGAUGACAAGUCACGAUUCGUUAAGAGAGACUCGAUCGCCCGUCGCGCGGGCAAGGGUCAAACGGAGGAAUCUAACGCGACUAAUUUAGACUCGGGGCGUAGAAAUGCUCAAGAGGAACUGCCACAGUUUGCGGCGCGCAGAGAUUACGUUCCGUAUACGAAUGUUUUGCGCGAUCGUAUCGGUCCGUUCGGCUCGAAGAGCCCGUCUCCUCUUCCCUCGACCAUACCCUCCCGCGUAACGUCUCCCUUCACCACGCCGUACGGAGAGAAAACUGAUCACAUCGUGAAAGCAUCGAUGUUUGGAGCAGUAAUCAGCGCGUUCCGUAAACCUGGGCAUCACAUAGGCCCCUCGAAGAAUCCGACCUGUUCGUGCGAGCAUUGCCGACGAUACUUCGAAGACGCGGCGAGAGGACGAUCCUCUUCGUUGAGCGAACUCGAACGUCACCCGGCAUUCAAGUCGCGAAAAGAGUGACAUACCGAUUUCAUUAGCUUCCGAGGAUUUUCAACAUAUUGAUUCUUCAGCUUUUACGAGACGACAAAUGCUUUCCACUUCCUUUAUUUAUGUAUCGUAAGAUUUGUAUGCGUAAAAAGAAAAUUAAUUGCGUUCCAUUGCAUUCAUGGCGAUUGGGGACGAUGUAAACUUGUAUAUUGUGUGCUUAAUUUAUAUUUCUUUAAGUAUUCCAUGUAUUCUAUAUACGUAUAGCUUUUUUAUCUAAAUUAAUUAUUACAGAGAGGGCUGCUUAAAAGAAAUACAUUCUGCUGAAAAUUGAGCAUUUAUAAAAAUUAACAAAGAUGUAUCAUAUCGAUUGCAUCGUUAAUAAAUAUUAUGACUGA